AUGGCAGCUGCAGCAGGUGAUGAAGGAGGCGCAGCAUAUGCAGCAGGCGAUGCCAGUGCAGCAGACCAUGCCAGUGCAGCAGGCGAUGCCAGUGCAGCAGACGAUGCCAGUGCAGCAGACGAUGCCAGUGCAGCAGACGCUGCAGCAGGUGCAGUAGAUUUUAGCAGGGUUGUGCACUGGCGAAAAGACAAGAGCAAUGCAGCAGCCACGACCACGGAGGAUGAGUGGGUGACGAACCACUACCACUGGGUGGUGUUGAAGCUGGCCUGUCAGGAGCGCAGCUUGCGUGUCCAACAUAAAACCUCCUUCCUGCCCCUCUCCCUUUUAACCCCUCCCUUCUCCCUCAACCGCCCUUCACAGGUGGUGUCGAACGACUACCGCUGGCUGGUGUGGAAGCUGGCCUGUCAGGAGCACAGGCAGCUCGUGAAAACCCCCCCCCCCCCCCCCUCCUCCCAUGCAUUUCCCGCAUCCCACCAUCCCCAACACCCCCAUCACAGGUGGGUGUCAAACCACUAUCGCUGGGUGGUGUGGAAACUCGCUUGUCAGGAGCGCAGCUUCCCCCGUCGCCUUGCAGGAAGGAUGCUGACUGUGGAGAGAGUGCUGGAGCAGCUCAAGUACAGGUACGAGAGGGAGGUGAAUGAAGGCAAGCGGUCGGCUUCUGAAGAAGGUGUGGCGAGCGGGACGCUGCUGCUGGCAGCCCCAUGGUACUCUGUAUCUCUGCUGUGCACUCCCAGGGAGGAGCACGUGGAAGAGGGGUUGGGGAGGAGGGAGGAGGAUGGGGAAGAGGGGGAGAAGAGGCAGGAGGCGGGGCGGCAGAGAGGGGCGGUGGGUUUGGGGCUGCAGACGGCGAUGAUUGAAGUGACUGAUGGAUGGUACUGGCUGCCUGCUCGCCUCAUUUUUUUAGUCGACUCAUACCCCCACUUUCCCCCACAUGCGUCCCUCUUCAUCCAGGUGUGUGGGGCGGUGCUGAAUGGCUGCAUGGAAGGCCUCCCUCCCCUCGAGAGAUUUUCCACCCUUUCUGUCUCCCUGCUGCUCUCUAUCUAUUCCUCUUCGCUCCUCCCUCCCCUCCUCAUCUCCCCAUGUGCUUCCCCUCAUCCCUCUGCUCUUCUCCCUCUGCCCUCCCCCGCUACAGGCCGACAGAAGCCGCCUGUCCCAAUGGCACUGCGCAGGGUGCGGGAGGACGGGGAGCUAUCCCCCUUACGUGUGGUGGCCAUUGCACGGGUCUAUCCUACAAUGUACUGGGAGAAGAACACCGCAAGGAAAGCUGAUGCGGAUGCUGCUGCUGCUGCUGCUGUUGUGCCCGGUGGUACCAUGCGCUCAGCUAGGGCACUGAAGCAGUGGCAGCUCGUGACUUUGAGAAGAGGCAACGUGGUGCCAUGGAAGAGCUCAGCUGCAGAGAGUGGUGAGUGGAGAGGGAGGGGUGGUUAUGUGUUGAAAUUUGGGAUGCGGGAGGGAGGUGGGCCGUCUGCUACUGGAGUGUGUUUCGCCCCGUGUCCUCAUGAGAAGCGGAGGGCGGCAGUGCAGGAGGCGGUAGAUGACGCAUUGGCAGAUGAAGGGUUGAAGGAACGGGACGUGUGCCCUGUGGUGAAAGUGCGAGUGGUGGGACUCACUGGGAAGCGAUCCAGGGAGGAGAGGGAGGAGGGGACAGGAGAUGACGAGGAGGGGGAGUGGAGCAAGAGGGUGCGGCAAGGGGAAGGGAUUAUCAGCAUUUGGCGACCCAGUGACGAGCAGCUGCUGCAGGAGCUGGUGGAGGGCGGGGUGUACCUGGUGGAGGGCGGGGUGUACCUGGUGGUGGGCGGGGUGUACCUGGUGGAGGGCGGGGUGUACCUGGUGGAGGGCGGGGUGUACCUGGUGGAGGGCGGGGUGUACCUGGUGGAGGGCGGGGUGUACCUGGUGGAGGGCAGGGUGUACCUGGUGGUGGCCGGGGUGUACCUGGUGGCGGGCCUUCAGCCGUCUCUGCAAGAGCUGGUGGAAGGAGGCGUGUAUCUGGUGGCGGGCCUUCAGCCGUCCGCCACGCGGCGUGAUGCAAUUGGUCCGCUGCUCUCCCUCAACGCCAGCCGGUCAACCAGCUUCUCUUUCCCCCCUCGUCAGUGGACCCCCCUCGCCUCGUUGCCUGCCACUCCCCCGGGCAGGGAGGUGGACGUGGUGGAACUGGUGCUGGCCGUGGGGCAGCCGCGUGCCGUGGGGGCGUGGCAGACGGGGGCAGUGGCUUCUGCUGCUUGA